AUGUCAGACACAGAGAAUAUUGAUAUAACAAAUCUUGGUGAGGGCAAGAUUGAUAAGUACAUUCAACAAUUGGAGAACUCAAUUCUAAAAAGAACAACAAUGUACGGUUUGGAUGAUUUAACAGUAAGUGAUUCAAAUUAACACAACAUUAGAUGAUGAGAUAGAAUCAGAUCUUGUGUAAAUUAUUGAAUCAGCAGGGUCUCAUAGCUCUGCAAAAAUAAAAUUAUGAACAAUGUAUCGAAUAUUUACGAAAGGCUGAAUUGGCAACCAUUUACGUUCCGGAAUUAAAGGUUCGAUUUAACGAUAACAUAGGUUUAAACUUUCAAUAAUUUGGCUUGCUAUUAUAGAAAGAUGGGUAAAACUAGAACUGCACUUCAAUAUUUACAAUAGGCUUUGGCAAUUGAAUUACAGUAUUGAUAAUCUUACAUUAGAUAAAAACAAUCCACUUCACUCCCUGACAUCUACCUAAAUCUCUGUGCAGUUCUAUCCUAAUUAGAAAGACAUGAAGAAGCCAUUCAACACAUCUAUUUGUCAAUCAUCAUGUUACAACAUGAAUUACUCAUUUCAUCCUUUUAAAAGCACGAACAAAGAUAAGAUCAGCCAAAUGAGCAAUGUACUCUUUGAUCUACUAUAAUAAGCUUUCCCAUCGAGAUAAUCAAGUGUCUAAUAUGUGAAUAGUGUCAAAUCUCAUUGCAAUGAAAGUAAGAAGCUACAAGAGAGAAUGUCUAUUUUGGUGGUUGCAUAUCAUAAUUUGGGAGUUGAAAUGGAGCAUCUAAAAUUAUAAUUUGAAUCCAAGAAAAUAUUUCAAUCUGCCUUACAAUUAUCAGAGUAGUGUCUACCUUAAGAACAUCAAUUAAGACAUGCUCUCGAGGAAAUCAUUAAAAAAUACAAUUCUGAGUAAUAACAAUAGGGGAAUGAGUAACUUACACUCAAACCGCUUCUUCCUAAAGUUCAUCAAAAAAAUACAGAACUUAAAUAAAUAUAUAAGAGUGUCUCUCCCAAACAAAUCCUCAAAAGGAAUACCUAACUAUAAUAAUAGAAAAACAAUCAUUUUAAUAAUUUCAAAUUUACUAAAAAGAAUUCAUAUAGUGAAACAUAUCGACUUGAAAGAGAAAGAAUUAUGAGUAUCAACGCAACCACUGAUGUUAUUAUCAAGAAUUUAGAAAACAAAGACAUCAGUAACCUUCCAUAUUUAAGAACAGCCCUAGAUACCGUUAAUUAAACAACUAUAUUUUGA